UACACACUUGCAUACAAAUUUGUUUUUGAAGAAAAUAAUCCAAAAAUAAAAUCUCAAAAAAACAAAGAGCAAUAAAAGUUUUGAAAGCGAAAAAUUACUAAAUACAAAACAAUUACAUUGAACAACUUACAAAUUCAAGUAUUCGGGGCUUAAAUCAGUUAAGUGUCGCUAAAAUUAUUGCAUUAAAUAAUUUGCUACUGCAUUGGCAUAGAAAAUAUUAUUGUUCGGUAACUUUCUACGCGUUCGUGCCGCUGUAACGCAUAUGCGAACGCCGCCGCAGUGGAGCUGCAAAGAGAGAAACUCCUAGAAUUUCUGCGAGUAUCCACCUUCGUCCUGCUAUUCCUCAUCAUAUCACUUUACCUAUACCGUUACGCAUUCUGAGAAGGCGCCUAGAUUUAAGUUAAUCUUCUACUCAAACGGCCAAGCAACCAAAAGAGGUAAGUUGUGGAUAUUUUGUGAAAUUGUGAGAUUAUUUUUUACAUCAACGAAUACUUAUGCAAUGUGCGCAUUCUUUCUGCAUAAUUUGGUGCAACUAAAUUUGGUUCAUCUCUAUGUAUGUAUGUACGUAUAUAUGUACAUAUGUAUGUAUAUAUGUUUGGGCUGGCUAUGCAAUCAACUCAAUGCGCUGCACCAACGUUCACCAUCGUCGCUAUAAUUAAAGCAGCUAGUGCAGCAAGAAACACAGCAAUAACAAAGGCCUCAACCGCACUGUAGCCCGGCAUCAGGCAGCAACACUGCAAUCACAAUGGCUAAAGCGCCAGCAGUUGGCAUUGAUCUUGGCACGACAUACUCAUGCGUCGGUGUGUUUCAGCAUGGCAAAGUCGACAUUAUCGCCAAUGACCAGGGCAAUAGAGUGACACCAUCCUAUGUGGCCUUCACCGAUACUGAGCGACUAAUUGGUGAUGCGGCCAAAAAUCAAGUGGCCAUGAACCCAAACAACACUAUUUUUGAUGCAAAGCGUUUGAUAGGCCGCAAGUUCGAUGAUGCCACCGUGCAGAGCGACAUGAAGCACUGGCCUUUCGAAGUCUUCAACGAGAAUGGCAAACCGAGAAUGCGCAUCGAAUAUAAGGGCGAAAAGAAGAGCUUCUUUCCGGAGGAGAUCUCUUCGAUGGUGUUGACGAAGAUGAAGGAAACCGCAGAGGCGUACCUUGGCAAGCCAGUCACAGAUGCUGUCGUCACGGUGCCGGCAUAUUUUAACGACUCACAGCGUCAGGCUACAAAGGAUGCCGGCGCCAUUGCUGGCUUAAAUGUGCUGCGUAUCAUUAAUGAGCCCACUGCUGCAGCCAUCGCUUACGGUCUGGACAAGAAGGGUACCAGUGAGCGCAAUGUAUUGAUUUUCGAUUUGGGCGGCGGCACUUUUGAUGUGUCCAUACUUACCAUUGAGGACGGCAUCUUUGAGGUGAAGUCUACAGCAGGCGAUACACAUCUGGGCGGCGAAGAUUUUGACAAUCGCAUGGUGAAUCAUUUUGUGCAAGAGUUCCAGCGCAAGUACAAGAAAGAUUUGGCACAAAAUAAGCGCGCUUUACGACGUUUGCGCACAGCUUGCGAGCGCGCCAAACGCACGCUUUCGGCCUCCUCGCAGGCGAGCAUCGAAAUCGAUUCGUUGUACGAGGGCAUUGACUUCUACACAUCCAUAACGCGUGCACGUUUCGAGGAGUUGAAUGGUGAUCUAUUCCGCGGCACCAUGGAACCAGUUGCGAAGGCGCUGCGUGAUGCGAAAAUGGACAAGGGACAGAUACACGAUAUUGUUUUAGUUGGCGGUUCGACGCGCAUACCGAAAGUACAGAAGCUAUUGCAGGACUUUUUCAAUGGCAAGGAGUUGAAUAAGUCCAUAAAUCCGGAUGAAGCGGUCGCUUACGGCGCUGCUGUGCAGGCGGCUAUAUUAUGCGGUGAUAAAUCGGAGGCGGUACAGGAUCUUCUGCUGCUCGAUGUAACACCACUCUCACUAGGUAUCGAGACAGCUGGCGGUGUCAUGACCGUGUUAAUCAAGCGUAACACGACAAUCCCAACAAAGCAGACGCAGGUAUUCACUACCUACUCGGACAACCAGCCAGGCGUGCUGAUACAGGUGUUCGAGGGUGAGCGCGCCAUGACCAAGGACAACAAUAUUCUCGGCAAAUUCGAGCUGAGCGGCAUACCGCCUGCACCGCGCGGCGUGCCACAAAUUGAGGUGACUUUCGAUAUUGACGCGAAUGGCAUAUUAAAUGUGACAGCUGUGGAGAAGUCCACUGGGAAAGAGAAUAAAAUUACCAUCACAAACGAUAAGGGACGGCUGAGCAAGGACGACAUCGAACGCAUGGUAAAUGAGGCGGAACAGUAUCGCAAUGAGGAUGAGAAGCAACGUGAACGUAUCAACGCCAAGAAUGCGCUCGAAUCCUACUGCUUCCAAAUGAAAUCCACAAUGGAUGAUGAGAAUAUACGCGCAAAAAUUUCGGACGCUGAUCGCCAGCUGAUCUUGCAGAAAUGUAAUGAGACUAUCACAUGGUUGGAUACCAACCAGCA